UGAUGGUCACAUAUGCCGAGUUGCUAAGAGCUACAGAUGGUUUCUCUUCUGCUAAUCUCAUCGGCGUGGGAAGCUUUGGUUCGGUGUACAAAGGGUUACUCAAUUAUGAGGAAUACCAACUUGUUGCCGUCAAGGUAUUCAACCUCCAACAGAGAGGAGCUUCAGGGAGCUUCGUUGCUGAAUGCGAAGCGCUGAGAAAUGUCCGGCAUCGGAACCUCGUCAAGAUUUUAACAGCUUGCACAAGUACAGAUUACCGGGGAAAUGAUUUCAAAGCUUUGCUUUAUGAGUUCAUGCCGAAUGGGAGCCUAGAGAAGUGGGUGCAUCCAGAAGCAAACGAGCAAGGUCAGACGCGGGCGUUAAGCCUUAUCCACAGGUUAAAUAUAUUGAUCGAUGUGGCCUCCGCAUUAGAUUACCUCCACCAUCAUGGGCCAGAGCCGAUUGUCCACUGUGACAUAAAGCCAAGCAAUGUUCUUUUGGACCAUGACAUGGUGGCUCAUGUUGGAGACUUUGGAUUGGCGAGGUUCCUCAACAGAAGCCCCACUGAAGCAUCUCAAAGAUCUUCUACCUCCAUGUUAUUCAAGGGGUCCAUCGGUUACGUUGCACCAGAGUAUGGAGUGGCCAACAAAGUUUCGGUCGAAGGGGAUGUCUAUAGUUACGGGAUACUUCUGCUGGAAACACUCACGGGGAAGAGGCCUACUGGUGAAAGUUUCAGGGACGGUCUCAGCCUUCCUCGAUAUGUGGAGAUGGCACUCCCGGAGCGGGUCUCCGAAAUCAUCGAUCCAAACCUGCACUUCGAGAAAGGUGAAGCUGCAAAUGGUCACAUUCAAGGCACCGAUUACAUUCGAGACAAAGCAGUGGAGUGCGUGAACUUGUCGCUCAGGAUCGGCGUCAGGUGCGCCAAGGAAUCCCCACAAGAACGAAUGCAGAUGCGAGAUGUCAUCAGUGAAUUAAUUGCAAUCAGGAACGGAUGGAUCCACCACUAG